GGAGACUCUUCAGAUGUGCGGCUGUGUGUGGGGAAGAAAAGAAAAUAGUUUCUUUCUUAAUUAAAGUCACAUUAAUUUAUUUGUAAUAAUGAAGGAACUCUCCCCUGACGCCUUGCUGCUGUCUUUUGCGCAUUUAUGUUUCCUCUGUAGUUUUCUGGACGCGGCUCGCGCUCAGGAGGCUGCAGGUGAUGACGAUGCGCUUCGGCGGGGGUUGACAUGGCAACACAACGGGCAGGUUUUUAGCAUCCUGAGCCGCGGCUCUCAGUACCAGCCGUCCGGUAGGAGGCAACCCGGGUCGCCCCGCCGCGGUAACCCUGUGGUCCUCCUCAGCAGCGCUAACGACACGGUCCCCGCCGCUUCCCGGGGCUCCCCGCGGGUCCCCGUCACCAGCGGCACUGCGCAAUUACGCGCGAUGAUGCGUCAACAGCCGCGGCCUCAGCAGCACGGAGACUCUGCCCCGGUCAGACGGGAGGACAUGAUGGUCGGAGAUGAUCCAUACAACCCAUACAAGGCUUCUAACUAUUACCCCUAUUAUAACUACUACAACUCGUACUACAGACCCGGACCCAGGGCUCAGCCCCGGCACGGAUACGGAACCAGCUACCACCAGAACGGUCUCCCUGAUCUGGUUCCUGACCCAUACUACAUCCAGAUCGCCACCUACGUCCAGAGAAUGCCCAUGUACAACCUCCGCUGUGCUGCUGAGGAGAACUGCCUCGCCUCCUCCUCCAUGUCCUCCCACGAUUAUGACACCAGAGUUUUGUUGAGGUUUCCUCAGAGGGUGAAGAACCAGGGAACCGCUGACUUCCUGCCCAGUAAACCUCGAUAUGCCUGGGAGUGGCACAGCUGUCACAAUCACUUCCACAGCAUGGACGAGUUCAGCCUGUACGAGCUGCUGGACUCCCAAACUCAUAGCCAGGUAGCCGAGGGUCACAAGGCCAGCUUCUGUCUGGAGGACACUUCCUGUGACCCGGGAUACUACCGCCGCUUCGCCUGCACCUCACACACACAGGGUUUGAGUCCAGGUUGUUAUGACACCUACAAUGCUGACAUUGACUGUCAGUGGAUCGACAUCACUGACAUCUCUCCUGGAAGAUACAUCCUCAAGGUGACAGUAAACCCCCGGCAGCAGGUUCCAGAGUCCAACUUCAACAACAACGUAGUUCGCUGUGACGUCCAGUACACCGGCACCGCCGCUCACGUGUCCGGAUGCACCAUGACGUCGUAAGAAACACUUUCUUUCUUCAGUUAUUCCAGAGCUCUUCAACAGGGGGUCUG